CCUCACUCCCCCAUCUUCAGAUGAAUUAGUAUUGACUCAAACGAAUUAGUAUGUCCAACACCAAAUCCAGACGAACGCACUCUUUCGGCGGGUGUAAGACAUGUCGGAAACGUCAUCUCAAGUGUGAUCAGUCUCUUCCGAGGUGUACUCGCUGUAAGCAGGCGGGACUGAACUGUGAGGGUUUCACGCCGGCGCUGAGAUGGUUGGUUUCGACGGGGAGGGAGGUUUAUGAUAGGCAGCCUACGCAGAUUGCUGAUGUUGGGGCGGAGCAGUACUCGAGGAGACAUUUGUUCACUGAGGAGGAUAGGGAGCUUAUGAGCAAUGCUCUUGUUACGAAUGUUCCGUCGACGGUGACGGCUGCUUUGAACCAGAUUGAUGAGGAGUCCAAGGGACUUGAUAUUAAAGAUGACGCAGCGAAUACCUGUGAAGUUGGGCCUUUUCAAGUCUUCAAAUUUGAAACCAGUCAAUCCGUCACGACGCCAUCAGACCAUGUCUCAUUCAACGACAUGGAUCUCGACACUCUUUCCGAGAACCAAACCCAAGACUUUUCAGAAACCAUCGAAAACGAUCAAAUCGCCUCCAAUGACUUCUCAACAACGUCCCUCGAUUUUCUGCACUGGGGUGAUUUAUUCACCUGGGACGUCAGCGUUCUCGACAAUCCGCCUCAACUCCCCUACGACAACUUCGACACUUUGCCCAUGAAUCUCAAUUGGCCCAACGAGACCAACAUGGGUUUCUCCGAAUCUUUGGACAUGAUGCCUUUUGAAACAGCGAGCGAUGACGUUGCGUGGCCACAGCUCGAUCUCAUGAUGGAUGCACCGCUUCUUCUGAAGCACUUCAACGACGACGUCAUCAGCCAAAUGGGUUCUCUCCCCAUCAACGAAAAGUCAGCUUGGAAGACUCUUCACUAUCCCUCUGCUAUAAUGACGCUGAGCGAGUUGACGAUGUUGGAUGUGGACAAAGAUCAGAUCAAGCGUGCCAAUCUGGCUACCUUUUACGCUCUGAUAGCUGUAUCGUCAUUCCACCUCUCCCUCAACUCCAUCACGUUCCCAAGUCUAGCUCGACCUGGUGAUCAUUGGAAAUCUCUGUCAAGUCGCACAUACGAAGCUGCGAAACAACAUCUUAAAGUCAGUCUCGAAAAGGAAUCGCAGCCUGGACCGCAUAAAGCGAAGUACAAAGAGCAACUGAUGGGUAUAAGUGCCGUGCUAGCAACAGCACUUCUCUCUGGCAACGAAACAGACACACGGUGGUGUCUCACCGAAAUGGAACGCCUCAUAAGCUGGCGCGGCCUCACCAAGCCAAGCAUAUCCCGCCGCGCCCGUCUUCUUCACAACAUCUACGCCUGGAUGCGCAUCGUCUCCGAGAGUCUCAACGUGUACCUCGACGAGAACCACGCCAUCGAGACACCCUUCCGCACCACGACCUCACGAUCCAUUAAUCCCGACAUGACACUCGACAACUUCCUGCAUCUCGAACCGCGAAAACUGCACGGUCAGAAGACGAAACGCGAUAUUAAAGAUAUUCACCUCGCGGAUGCGUCGCAGGAUCAUGAGAAUAUGUAUAUGCAGAUCUACGGCGUUCCAGAGACGUGGCUUAGUUUGGUGUCGCAAAUAACACGUCUCGCCAACGUAAUGGAUCGUUUGUGCGCUUCUAAAAAGUCCGACGCAGAAGCGCUCAUGGCAUUACAGCCGCGCGCUUCAUACCUCGAAAACGCAGUCUGUCUGUUCCGCUCACGACACAACGAGAGCACAACUAUGAGCGCAAGUCCCAGCGCCCCAGGUGGAACACCACACAUGCACAUGGUACGCGCCCUCGCCUCCGCGCUGGUAAUAUUCUUCUACCGACGUAUCCGCAACGUGAACCCCCUCGUUCUGCAAGAUAGCGUCAACGACGUUGUUGAGUCGUUGCAUGCGUUUGAUGAAGCGUUGGAAAGGAAUAAUCUGCUUGGACCGGGGACAGCGUGGCCUGCGUUUAUAGCGGGGGCGGAGGCGAGGGCGAGGCAGAGGAGGGAUAUAGAGGAGUGGUUGGAUAAAGGGUUCGGGAGGAGUGGGUUUGAGAGUUAUAGGGCUUCGAAGGAGGUGCUGGUGGAGGUUUGGAGGAGGAGGGAUGAGGCGGAGGGGAUGCCAUCUGGGGAUGUAUGUACAUGGAUGGAGGUUUGUAGGGAUUUACAUCGUUGGCCAUUGGUGUCUUAGUUACGGCUUAAUAAUUACGAAGUUAUGCAAGUUAUCAAAUAUAUAUUGAUCGAGACUAUUGUUUGGCUUUAAACUUUUGCUUCCAGCCCCCGGGCGACAACCUCGUACAUGGUGUACAGCAUCGCGCCCAACGUUGGUCUUAUAGGAGUAGCUGGUCCACGCGUGCCGGCCAUGGCCAUCAGGAGGCAGUAGCAAAAAGGCCCACAGCCAGUAGACUCAAUCAACAAUUGAUCGGUUGAUCUGCAGGUCCGCCGAGGCCCUGACGCAUGUACGAGCCGUGUGAUGGAAGUCUUACUCAAAAUACUAAAUGGGGCCAGACUUGAUGCCAUUUGCGAGCUUGUUCUUCGUUUCGGAAUCGGGUGUUUGGUCCCUUCAGAGAGAUGAUGUUCACUCAUGCUGCUAUGGACGAGUCGGCGGUGGUACGGAGACGCGACAUGGCUUGGUUCGAGCUGUUGUGAUCAGCCAAUGGCAUCAAUGCAAAGCUCUUUGCAUUUUGCGAUGACUCGGACCGUCUGCACACACAGCAUUCGUAGACCUAGCGUCGGCGAAUGGUAGGGUUGGUCGUCUCGAGGGUUUUAGCGGAUACGCACGAGGUCGCGGACAUCGGUUGUCUUUUGUGAUCAUCCUCCUGACAACGUCCCAUCACGACCUUCGAUGCAUGGCUUCGGGUUAUUGACAUGGCGAUAUCACAACCCAACAUCGACCCGUCUUGCGUCGCUGUUAGGCUGAAGCCUUUGGGAGUCAGGUCUUGCAGCACCAGGUAUUGGAUCAAUAGUCGCGAAGGCUGAGCCGUCGAGCGUUUCUCCCGGCAACGAACGAUCCUGAGUUCCGUCUUGAUGCGCCUCGAUCCUAAAUGGUAAAAGUACUGGGACAGGUCUGGAAUGACGGAGGAUGGACUCAGCAGGCUCUCCGACUGGCAUUUCGGGCUCCAAAGAGCCUACGAGGUUCAUUCCCCAUUGUCCCAAACCUAUCUUGUGCCCUCAUCCCAUCUCCGUAGACUGGAACCCAUCGAGAACAUUUGCCCUGAACCAAGGAACGUAAACAUCCCUCGCCCACCUGGCUAGCUCCCUUAUCCCCGCGACAACAGCAUACGUAUCCAGAAUACUCUGCGUCGUGCCAAACUGUCUCUCCGUCCAAAGAACAGUCUUGUCCCCCUCCAACGUCGAAAACACAAAGAGCCAGCGAUGACCCUGCACGAUAAUCCCCGGUAUAAAUCCCAAUUGGCCCAAAACAUCGUUCGCUUUUUGUUUUCGCAGUAUUUCCUCUUCUGCUGUCAAGGGCUGUGCUGUAAGGCCAACGACGGAGCGGAGGAAAGCCCAUUGCGCGGCAUGCCAGACUCCCAUCUGGAGUUGCGCAGCGUCGAGUUCUUUGCCAGGACGCUUAGUCUCGAUGCUCAGAACUAUAGGGGACAAUUGGAGGGGCGCGAAGUCGGUGUGGUUUACGGUGAGGGUUGGUGUUCGACGGCCGAGGGCUUGGAGGGCGUGGGAAUCGGUGGGCUUGAGGUAGAGGCAGAAGUCGACCAUUUUGGCUGUCGAGGAGUAGGGUACGAAGCGACGGUGCGGACGGG